UAAUUAUUUGGUGCCUAAGGCAACGGCUUCACUUGCCUUACCCUACAGCCCCUUGCUCACCAUCUCAGCUCAAAAAUCCAGCAAGAACAGCCUCCGAAUUGCAGCUCGAAACAGCACCCCACACCCCAUUUCUGCCGUAGAAAACCGAUCAAAUAGCCACUCCAAAAAUCCAGCUCUGCCCAACCCAAAAGAGCAGCAGAACCUUCCUCAAAAACCAGUUGAAAGCUGCCCAAAAACUCACUAAAAACAGACCCGAAAUCAACCCCAAACCAGUGCGAAAAACAGCUUGAAAGCACCAUCCAAACCCAGUAGAGAUGAGUCCGUUCGGGGAUGCUGAUUUCGGUCCGGGUUUCUAGUCUGUAGCUUGCUUGAGAAUUGCUGUUCUAGAGUUUCUAUUUUCAUUGUAUCCGCUCUAAAAAUUUCAGCAGUAAAAGAAAUGGUGGCUGAGGAUAAAGCUGAGUUAGGGAGUUUGCUUGAAAUUCUACCGCCUGUUGAGUUCUGUUGUAUAUAUGGUUCCAAACUCCAUCCCAACAAUAAAGACGAGACAUCUAUGAUAGAUUACAUUAUUGGAGUAGCUGAUCCUAAGCAAUGGCAUUCUGAGAAUCUAAAAUUAAACAAGGAUCACUACGCUUCAUGGCUCGUUCACCUUGGUGGAACAAGAAUGAUAACUGAUAUUGCGAAUGACAUUGGUGUUGGCGUACACUUCAACCCAUUUGUGUCUUGCAACAACAAGAUGUUCAAGUACGGAGUUGUUCGGAUGCAUGACUUGAUUCAAGACAUAUUGGGAUGGGAGAGGUUCUAUCUCAGUGGUCGUCUGCAGAAACCCGUGAACAUUCUUGUGGAUAACUUGGAUAUAGAAAAUGUGAACACUGUGAACCUAAAAGCUGCAACUUCUGCUGCUCUUCUCCUUUUGCCAUCAAAAGUCACUGAGGAAGAUUUAUAUGCCAAAAUCUGUAGUCUCUCAUAUAUGGGUGACUUGCGUAUGCUUUUUGCAGAGGACAAAAAUAAGGUCAACAAAAUUGUACAAGGACAAUAUCAUUUAUUUGAGAAAAUGUAUAAGCCAUCUCUGGAAGAAUAUGCAUCUAAGAACUUGUUGCGAUUUUCAUCAGCUGGUGAUAAGCAAGUACACAUAUUUCAGGAUUGUGGAUUAUCUGCUGCUUCCACCUUAGUUUCUUCUCUUCCUCCAUCAAUCAGAAGUGCGAUGGGCAUGAAACUUGGAGAAAAGAGAAUUCUCGAUGACUCUGGUAGAGUUAGGCAACAAGUAGUGAUUGGUUCAAGAGAAGAGGCUGCUGAAUGCAUGAAGAGGCUAGUUAGACGUAAGGUUAUGGUUUCUAGCACGAGGCAAGCUGUUGCAGGUUUAUUGACUGCUGGAGCUGUUCAUGGAGUCAGAUAUGUUGCAAACAAGAUGCGCAAGGCUUGGAAAUCUUGGGUGUAAUGUGUUGACACCUUGCAUCUUGUUUUUGGAUGAGAUAACUGCUUCAGACAUGGGGAUAUAUCGACAAUUUGUUGCAACGGAUGCCAGGCGGUUCAACCAUAGAGUUGAGUAGCAAGGAUAGAUUUUGCCAACUCUCCUGCUGCUUUUCAAAACCAUCGAAUCGAAUAGAGAGGGAGUAGAACCAAACAACCUAUUGAAAAUGCAUUCACUUGUAUCUUUUCUGUUACCUUUUUGGAGUUGGGAAGAGUUCUUCAGGGAAGGUCAGGCUGUUACCUUUUCUGUUAUCUUUUCUGUUACUCUGUGUGCGCGCGCGCUCUAUUUUUUCCUUUCUUUUCGCAGCACUCGUAGAAGUGUUCUCCUACAUUGCGUGGCCUGAUCCUAACAAUUGAAAGAAAAGAAACUGCAUUGAUUUUUUAUGCUGACUUCUUUUCAGAAGAA